GCCAUAAUGGUACAUGCCAUUAGUGAGCACAUCUUGAGCAAGGAGGGGGUCUCUGCCUCGCCGAAGAGGCUACGUUAGAGCCACAUAAACACAUUCACAGAUGUGUCUCCAUGCGUUCUGACAGCUCGACUGAGCCGCGACCGCCACGCUGAAUGAAGACGGAGAAAUCAGGGGGAGAGACAGAGAACAACCACCAAGCAAAUUACCACACCAUUACUGCAGGGUCUUGCCAACGUCCCUCUCUCUCGAAUUGUGGGCUUGAGUGAGAGCGCGUCUGACAGGGGGGGAAGGAAAACGGGGGAGAUCUACCGGCAGAUUCGUCCCCAAGGCUCCUAAUUACAGCCAGCGUUUCCACUUUGAUUCAGAAGCCACAGCACAAAUCCAGGGAUGCUCUGACCAUAAACAAAGAAGAGGACGAAAAGAAAUCAAGAGAGCCACACAAAGACAAAGACAAAGAGUGAGAGAUGGAGGGAUUUUUUAAUGAAUGAAGCAUGCAGCAGCAUGUGAUGGAAAUAGCUGCGUCUACGUAAGCCGCCUGCUGAGGACGUGACUGCCCACGUGGUCUGGAUGCCAGCAGCUGCCUCUUGGAGCCCCUGACGGCCCCUGGCAAUCCGAGAAACACAUCCUCAUCCUCCGUUUCCACGCUCCCGACCCCCCCGCCCCAGUCCCGGAGGAUUAUCGAGUCUCAGGAUUACUGAAGUGUCCACUUUGGCCGCGGGAGAAAGGGCACACUAUUACUUGAUCUUGGGAGCGCAGCAUGGGAUGCUCUGUGUGCCAACAGCGCGGUGGAUGACCUCCAGCAUGCGGCCGUCACAGCUGGACCUCACGCUCGUGGCCAUCCGCCGUUUCUAACUAAGGGUAAUGACCAGGCAUAGAACCAACCCUGGAGAUGCCGAAGAGAAGAGAUAUUCUUGCCAUCGUGUUGAUUGUGUUACCAUGGACCCUCCUCAUCACUGUGUGGCACCAAAGUGCAAUUGCUCCCCUGCUUGCCAUCCGAAAGGUCUGUCACCAUCUAGUAAAAGAGAUCUUAAUCAUACCAGAGCGACUAACCAUCCACCGGCAACGGCUAGCAGAUGACGCGACGGAGACUAGACACGAGAAUGGGCCGGCAACAGACUCAAAAGAAUACUGCUCACAGGACAAGGACAUAGUAGAGGUGGUUCGUACAGAAUAUGUGUAUACAAGACCUCCACCCUGGUCUGACGUUUUACCCACCAUUCAUGUCAUCACCCCGACAUACAGCCGUCCUGUGCAGAAAGCAGAGUUAACGCGAUUGGCCAACACAUUCCUUCAUGUGCCCAACCUGCACUGGAUCCUGGUGGAGGACUCUCAGAGGAGAACCCCUCUGGUCACGAGGCUUCUGAGGGAAACCGGGCUGAACUACACACACCUCAAUGUGGAGACCCCACGGAACUACAAGCUGCGAGGGGACACGAGAGAUCCCAGGAUUCCACGUGGCACCAUGCAGAGGAAUCUGGCUCUGAGAUGGCUAAGGGAGACCUUCAAUUCCAACAGCAGCCAGGCGGGAAUCGUUUACUUCGCAGAUGAUGAUAAUACGUACAGCUUGGAGCUGUUUGAGGAGAUGCGGUCCACUCGUAAAGUAUCGGUGUGGCCAGUUGCGUUUGUUGGAGGUUUGCGGUACGAGUCCCCAAAGGUCAAUGCAGCAGGAAAAGUAUACGGCUGGAAAACAGUAUUCGACCCUCACCGUCCCUUUGCCAUCGAUAUGGCAGGGUUUGCCAUCAACCUGAGGCUUAUUCUUAUUAAGCCUCAGGCCUAUUUCAAGUUACGAGGGGUUAAGGGAGGCUACCAGGAGAGCAGCCUGCUCAGAGAGCUGGUCACACUCAAUGACCUGGAACCCAAAGCCGCCAACUGCACUAAGAUUCUUGUGUGGCACACGCGGACGGAAAAACCUGUCCUGGUGAACGAAGGCAAAAAAGGCUUCACAGACCCAAAUGUGGAGAUCUGACAUCUGCUUCGGCGUCGGUAAUGAAAAAGCAAUCUGUUCAGACUUUAUCGUCUCUGUCAAUGAGCAAAUACGGGGUCAAAGAAGGACACAAGACCAUGUGUUUACAUGCAUCUGGACGUGCUAAGUGACAGAAGUGUGGCUUAGCACAGAUGUACCGCUGAACAUUCUUUUACUUUGUGUUGCAGGGAUGUAUCCAGCAGGACCCGAAAGGGAAUGGCAGGCUGUAAUUACCCACUACUACAUUUUUCUGAACAGUUUGAAUGCUUUGUCCUGUAACCCACAACUAAACAAGCUCAACAAUAUGGACCUAUUAUUACCUGAUGUAAAGCACAGAAUAGUCUUUUUAAAGGCAAUACCAUCAGUAUUUUACAAGAACAAAACAAGAGCCAGAAAAGAAAUGUUGGUGUAUAUUGAUGAGGGGAACAUCUGUGACCUGAUAAAACUGCUCACUUCCAGGAUGAAUUUUAUAAACUCUACUUAAAAGAGCCCCCCCACAAAAGUACGUUACAGCAGUCUCAAAGUGCUGACGAAGAGCGUCAUCGAUUUAAGAUCGUCAUUGUCCCUACGCGUCUGACGGACUGACACUUAAACAUAAAGAAGGGAAUGUCUUCGUUUUGUUUUACACAAUGUGUAUUUUUAAGUUUUUUGUUGUUUACAAUGUUGUCUUGCUAGCACAGCACUACUGAUAUUUUGCCUCAACUCAAAUUCAGCGUUACUCUGCGGUAUUAAACCAGUUCUUUCAUAAACCAGGGGCUAGCUGCUAUACUGGAUUUAGCGAUUACCAAGUUGUAACAAGGUCCUCAUGGUUACGACCUUAAUGACAUGAAUAGCACUUGAAUUUGUUCCUUUGUGUCCAUUGUUCUUGUUAGGACAUGCGUUGUAAAUAUAACUUAAAGAUGAACAAUCAGAGACUUUAAAAUAAAGUGAUCUAGCAUUCAACAAAACAAGCAAUGUAACUACUGUAUUUGUACUUCAGUUAAACGUAAGAGUCCAUAGUUUUAGUUUAUUAUUAUAACAUCCAUAAUACUUCACAUGUCUUCACAGAGGUCUUACCAAAGGACACAGAGCUGAUGGGUAGGGUUUCGGAAAGUCAGUGUUCAGCAGAACUUGCCUCAGAAAGCAUUUAGAUGUAUUUGUAUGUCACACUGGAGCUUUGGGCUUUGCACAGAAGAUCUGUCUUGAGUUGUUGCUGAUUUAAUGAAGUAAAUACACAUGUGGUACAAAUGGUUUAGGCUAGUCUUGCAAGUUAGUCAUCUCAUUGUUUAAAAUUCAACUACAUGAAAGGAAAACCGGUCUAAUUUCAGUCCAAAAAGCAAAACUGAUUACGCCAAACUAACAGCUACAGUGGAUGGUCUUAAGACACAAAUGCAACAUAUUGUCAUGUAGCUGUGUUUAUGGAGCUAAUAUCCGCUUGCAUAACUGAGGAUUUACACGACAACAAUUUUGACCAAAAACAGGAAACUUUUUAUGCAUUGCCUCACUGACAUUUUUGGAACUGAUAACUCAAAAAUUUUAAUAAGCAAGGUUUUUUGAAAAUGGCGCCAUUGUCUUGUCCAUGAAAACAUCCAGCCUGAUCUCACAAGGAAACCUAAGUAUUUUACGUUAUAUUAGUUUAGGUGCUAAUUUGUUCGAGUUCAGUCGUACAAAAAUUUGUACAUUUUUAAAAAGAAGACGUAGCACCCAACCUCACCCUUAAACCCAACCGUCAUUGGGGGAUUAGCAAACCAUACGAAUUGUCCGAAUGAGUUCAUACGAAUUAGCCACUAAGGGUGUUUUCACACCUGCCUUAUUUGGUUCGGUUCGGUUGAAUCGCACUUGAGUUGGUGCAGUUUGUUUGGGCAGUUGUGGAUGUAUCAAUCACACUUGAGUGCGCAUCAAAAACGGAACAAAAAAUCGUACCGAGUCCACCUCUUCAAGGUUUUAAACGAACCCUAGAACAUACCUAAGCGCAAAAAGUACUGCACCUCUUUCGAUUAAUCCAGCUGCUGUAGUCAGAUGCGCUGUGCAUUAUGGGAUGUCGGGGAAAAAUAGUUGAUGAAAGCGCUUUACUCAACAUUUUAAACAGAGAGAUAGGGAAAAAUCUUACCUGAUGGAUAUGGUAAUAUUUCCAGAAGAUGAGCAUUUCACAGUUUAGCUAAAUUAAUUCAUGCCUUCUCCUGAAGUGACUUGCGAUAUGGCUUCGCCAUUUGCAAUGCAUUAAAACAUUGUUUUUCAGCCCCGCCUGGUUCUGAAAAUGUAUAGUUUGUCUAGAGUGAUGUAUACAAACUAUAUGGUAUACUAUGAGCAGGGAUCAGUCAGCGCAGUCUUCCCCCUAUAGUAAAAAACGACAUUUUGUGUCUGCCGGUAUGUUUACUUGUGGAAGUUCCAUUGGCAUUUUCCCGCACGUUAAUUCUGACCAAUCGAAAAGCAGUUUAGGAAAUACGUUCAACAACAUCUGGCCAAUGAGAAGUGUGGAUUUUGUCACAUGACUGCAUUUUGUUGUUAUUUUUUCAACUGGUUCGCACAAAAGCAAUCAGUCUGGUGUUAAAAACGGCAGAAAAAUGCUACAAUGUAUCAUUUGUUGUCCUUGGUCCAGAACAAAAUGAACUGAACCACAGAUGUGAAAACACCCUAAAUCAAAAAGUUACGAAUGGCUGUGAAGCGCAAACAAACAUACAUAAUAAUAGUAGUAUGUGGUUUUGUUGCUCAAGUGUUUUCUAACACUUCAUCAACAACGCGUGCAUUUACUUCACAUUAUAACCAAAAGUAGAGACACAUCUUAAAUACAUGGCAAAGACAUGAGCUACCAACAGCACAUCGUCACUUCCAUAUAGCCAGUGUUUACUAACAAGGUGACAAUGCUAAAUACUAGCCUGGUAUGUGCAAUACUGUGUUUUUGUGAAUAUAUGUCUAAGUGUGGAUCAUUUUGAAAACAUUGAACUUUUUCAAAACGCAUGAGAAAAAACUUUUCAGUUUUUGGCUACAAUGUUGUCGUGUAAGUGUAGCCUGGGUAUGUGUACAUUGAAGACACAUCACUAAAAUUGCAUCUGUAAAACAAUCUGACCUGAUUAGAAUUAGACAAAUUUUCUUUAUCUUUUCAAGCUGCCUUUUCACUGCCUACGACUUUGAUUAUGAACCCAAAGGCGUUCAUUUGCGAGGGUCUGAUCCUCUGUGAAUUCUGGUGCUGUGAGAAAUUGGGUCUCCAUUAGGAUCACAUUAGCUAAAAGCUUUUAAAUGGGUGCACUCUUUAGUGGAUGAUUACAAUUCCUGCAAAACUGUGUUAAUAAUAUAUGUUGUUUGAGCAAUGUUAUAAUGACCGAAGUCUGUUUUAGUUAGAUUAUUAUCAUAUCCUCCAAUCUAAACUGUCAUCUAGGUAGUUUGUCAUUUUUCUGAAAAGUUACCGAUAUGGGAGCGUUUACUAAAAUAGUGCCCUUACUGUAAGCAAGACAUUGAGCCCUUUCAUCUGAUUGGUAAAACACAUACAUUAUAGUAACACAACAACUGUGGAUUCAGUUCCAGAGAAGAUCCCUUAAAUAGAGCGUUCCAGAGCAUUUGCCUAAAUUUACAUGUUGUCAAUUGUAAAUAUGAAAAUUUGCAGGUAAUUGUCAAAAAUCCACACAUUGCAUUUCAACAAAACUGCAUUUUGAUCUUACGUAACGCAUGACAACACAAACAAAACAGAUCUGUCAUUAUUAUUAUGGCAACUAUGAGGGCACUGUCAAAUUUUAAAUGUAUCUGUAGUUACACUCACCCGCAUAGACCUCACUGCUAUCCGGGUCACGGCACCAAUUUAAUCAUUGACAUGGGAAGUGUACACACAAACAACGACACUAAAGGCUGCAACAUUUAGCAUGAUUUACUAAUGUGAAUCUUGAGUCCCGGAGGAUUCAGCUUUACUCAAAUAGCGUUUAUAUAAUUAUGAAUGCUGGUUUUAUUUUUCAAAUUUAGAUUUCUUUUUUCCAUGCUUUAAGGUAUUCAUUAAUCACAACAUCAUAAAUAUUUCUGCUGGAACAGAAACACAGUAGCUUCAGUAAACAAAUCCAUAGUUUAUUUUAACUUUCACUGGGGGGCAAAGUGACACGAGGUUGUAGACAGUUGAAAAGGUGACUUUAUGCCUAAAGUAUGAAUAGGUUCUUGUUCACUUGAUUGGUUAUGUGCUGUAAAUAUCAUCAAACAAGCAGUAUGAGCAUACUGUGUGCAUGCAGCAAAGUUUUUGUAAUUAUGUGUUACUCAGCUUGUAUGCGCCUAAUAUUUUAUUGGAUUUUUUUUAAAUUGGACAGCUUUUCAGUCCGAAAAAGAAACAAAACAACACCAAAGUACUUAAUAGUAAUUGAUGAUUGUUAGCAUAAAAAUCUUUAAUAUUCACAGAUUAAGACUUCUUUACUGAUAAAGUAGUCUGUAAAGAAAUGGUACAGACAUUGGACAGGUAUGAUUCUUUUUAGCAUACAGGAGUUAAGCGCCUGUGUCCCAGCACCCACACUUGCAAUCUUUGCACUUGUCAUAUUUCUGGCUAUCAGCCCAAGUCUUUAAGUAGGCAUGAGGACUGCAAUUGUGUUUAGAAUUUAUUUGUAAGUCAAUGAGGUUAAUGUGGCCUUAGCUACCAUUAAAAAAAAUCUUUUAGUGAGAAAGCAAUCCAACACAACCAAUGAAUUACCCAGGCUUUAUCAGAGAGCAUAAUGAGCUAUUAUAAUUGUUAUGUGAAAAGCAGCAGUGUUUGUUGUGCUAAUGCCCCUCAUAAUGAAUUGUGGGUUAACCUGGAGCAAAAACAAAUGGCAAUGCUCAAAUUUGGUUGAACAUGUUUUAGAACAACUCCCUAAAACAGAUGCAAAUUCUGACAGAGACUUAAUUAAGUCAUACUCAAAUUGAUUAAGUAUGUAAUGUCAACUACAAAGACAGCCACGAUUAAGUUGUUGCUCAUGCAUCUUGACGCAUGACUGAUAAAAGCAAAAUCUGGAACAUAAAAUAGGCAUAUUUUGAUCUAUAAAAAGACAGUUUACACAUAUUGAAACAUUUUUUGUUCUAUUUGGAAAUGUCUUUUAAAAGCAAAUGCUACAGAUUUACACAUUUAGAUGUUUCAGUUGUUCGUAUUUUAAAUAACCUUAACUGUUAAAUUGCUUAUUUAGUAUUUAUGUAACAGACAAGACCAUUUUCAGUGAUCUAAUUACUAGUGAUCAGCUAAGACCCAUUGUUUUGGUGUUCUUUCUUACUAAGACAACUGAAAAUGAACACAUGGUCACUCAAUGAGGAGUAGCUGGUGUUUUGUGGCUGUUCAGUUUCAUUUGGCCGCAUGAGAAUUUACAUUAUGAAAGCAAUUCAACCAAAUGCUUUUUCAGCUACCUGUAAUUGGUUGAAAGUGGACAUGCUCUAAACAUUUUAGCCUUGUUUACACUUAUUUAGCAUCAUCCACUUGUGAUCAGACUGAUGAAAACACAUUUUAAUGCCUGGUGCAAAUAGUGCCUUUUAUAAUUGUCAGACCGGGGCAGUUAUGUACAUGUAUUACAUUGUACUUGUUGUGUGCAAUCCUCUUAGCCAAGACUGCAAGUGUGGAUGUUGGGAAAGUCAAAAUGUCUGGCUGUACACAUAUGCUAACUAUUUGCAUCAAAACUGAAGUAUACUUUGGUUUAUGAUUUUAAAUCUGGUUUAAAUUGAUUUUAAAAAAUGUUAAAAAGAGCAACAGUUCAUUGCAGCCAUAUGAAGCAGCUCAACAUACCAUAAACACUUAAUGCAAAAACGCAUAUACUUCACCUAACCCUGAGCACAAAAAGUAAACAAACAAGCUAGCCCUCUUGCUGUUUAUCUGGAAAACAUAUUUACGGGUAGAUGUUUUGCUGCAUUACUUGUAGCUAUAUAUAAGAGCUGUUAUGAAACAUGAUGAAGCACAAAUAGUCUGACCUUAGAUCAGUUCAUGGGAAAUGGAAGUUCUCUGCUACUACUUUAUCAUUGGCAUUUUACUGUCACUUUGCUUAUGUAUCAUCAAAAGUUUUGAAAGCCUUAAGCCGGGUUCAGACUGCACAAUAUUUUGUCCUGUUGGAAUAGUCAGAUUAUGCGAUUUUGACUCUUAAAUAGUUGUUGUUCCAUGGCAUGUCUCAUGUAACAUGUUGCUUUAUGAAUAAUCAUCGAUUAUCACUUUUAAGGGAAGGUGAAACUAGUGACCGACUUCUAGAAACAAGGGUUACAAACAAUGGCUACUGAAGCCAUACAUUCACUCAGAAAAUAAUCUAUGUAGCUUGUUAAAAUUACCAAUUGAGCUGAGGCAAUAUAAUUCUUAAGAUUUCUUUGGGACAACUUAAUUCUUUUAUGUUCAAUCCACUUAAAUUUAUAACAACUAAUAAGUUAUCUUAAGUCCUUCAUGUUGUCCCAACACAAAUCAAUUGUGUGGAACCCAGCAUUUUCUACAGUGUUGGUUAUGUCGCAAAUAAUUUAUUUAUAUGCAUAUUUAAGCACCGCUCUACAGCUAUUUUAUAAUAUAAAUAGUGUUUCUUUUAUUCUAAAUGCACCUUAAAUACCCUAAUGAUGUUAUUAUUCAAAGGAUGAAAAGAAGUGUGGAAUGUUGAACACUUCAUGAACUCAAUCUCAAUUUAAAAAUAUCAAUAUUGUCUUUGUAAGUUACUGAGAAUGGAAAAUGUUCUUAGUACAUCCUUAUAAUGUGGAUGGAAUGUUCUAAUUGUUUUAAAUAAUGUUCUUAGAACUUUAAUAAAACACAAGGCAUAUCAUUGUGAACAUGUUUUGAAUAUUGUUUUAACAAAAAAAAAAAAAAAACAUGUACAUCAUCUUAAAGCCAGGACAUUUUUAAGGUUCUAAGAAUUAUCAUAAAGUAAUGUUAUAUAGCAUUAAGGAAACAUUUAAGAAACUAAAAUUGGCUGGGUCUAGAUUGGUGUUACGGCCCAAAAUCCAAAAAAUGGCUCUAUUAAUGAAAUCAGGAUUUGAGCCGAACAUAUGAAAGACACAGAUGCUUGAAUAUGACAAAUUGACGUCCCCGUCAAAAUAUUUUUUAGUCUCAUUAAAAAAACCUUACAAAUAAAAGUAUUUAAUAAAAAAUAUUAACAAAUAACUGUAGACAGGUAGAGCAGCUAAACAAAGCAGUUCCCUGACUCUUGUCGUUCUUCUAGGAGAUUUCUUACCUAACUCCCAUGAAGAAAAAAAACAA